AUGGUAGAAGAUCUUGAUACCCUCAAACUGCAUCCCAGUGACAAUCCUGGAUUGAGUUUAGUCACUACCCUCUUGGACGGCUCAAAUUUCUUAUCAUGGAGGAGAUCAAUAAAAUUGGCUUUGACAGCCAAAAUGAAGAUGAGUUUCAUAAGUAAAGAUGACGAAAUACCAGAAAGAAAUACAAAGGAAUUCGAGCAGUGGAUUAAGGUAGACAGCAUGGUUACCUCAUGGAUCUUGAAUUCAAUUUCAAGAGAUAUAGUGGAGAGCUUCAUAUACACAAAAACAUCAAAAGAACUAUGGACUGAACUUGAAAACAGAUAUGGACAAAGCAAUGGUCCAAUGGAGUAUAGGCUAAAGAGGGAACUUGCAUCAUUGUCACAAGCAAGGGAAAAUACGGAUAUCAAGAUCUCAGAUCAACUUAUGCAGUUCCUAAUGGGGCUGAAUGACUCCUACGGAGUCAAAUUCUUAUGA